AUGUUCAAAGCUCAGAGAGGCAUUUGCAAAACGGGCUAUGACGGUGAGACCUGCGCCAACACGGCGGAGUUCCACACCACGGAGCCCGGAUCUCUGUCGGAUGGCUCCCAUGGUCCAUGCUGGAUCAGAGGCCUUGUGGGGGCACUCCAAGCUUCAGGACAGUUAAAAAUCCAUGCCAUCGAGUCGCCCAGCGAAAUUCGGAGAUUGUCUGGAGCACUCCUGGAGGAUUCUCAAUGCGCGGGAGAAAAGCCCUUGGAACGUGAGGCGUGCAUUACGCCUCUUUGCAGCUGCACCGAGCCACCGCGGAUCAACUACAGCAACUACCAGCAGACUUUGCAACGCUGCCCAUAUCUUCAGAACGGCAAAGAGUGCUACGCUGUUUGCGACACUGGCUAUGCUCGAACUGGAGUCUACAAGUGUGAGUCCUCCAGGUAUGUGCAGUGGCCAAUUUGCUUGCCAAUUGGAGAAGUUGCACAGGAAAAGGUAGUGCUCCACAGCUAUGUAACCUUGGCCGGCAUUGAUCUCUCACUUGUGGUGAAUGUCUCCAGCUGGUAUGCCUCGAUACGACCGUCCCUGAAGCAAGUCCUGGCAAGUUCAGUGGUGCCUUCUGGGACUGGUGAGACGGUAUCACCGCAGCAGUUCACCUUCUUUGAUUGGUAUGACGUGGAUGUGGCUCUGCGUUUACGGCGCCUGGAAGGAGAGAGCUGGCGCCGCUUUCUCCAACGAAUGGUGGCUAUAGAGAUUCCUUUCUAUUUGGAAAUCGAUGAUGAAUACACCUUCCAAAAGGCGGAGCAAAUGCUCAACUUCUUCGCGGCCAGUGCCCUCGCCACGGAAGCAAGGCUUCUGAAGGACUUGGAGCAGAAACUGGAGGAGUUGUGCUUUACGGUUCUCCCAGAUUUACGGCCAAUGAGGUGCACACCGCCCAGAACGAUUCUCAUCGGUCCUGCUACUCGUGUGAUCCUCUACCUUCCGCCAGCAGAGAUUACGACUCCGGCUCCGACCACGACCACUGAGGUGAAGAUCAUCAUUGAGGUCAAUUUGCAGGAAGGACUUCCCGCUUGGGCCGUCGCAUUGCUCAUUGCUUUUGCUGUGACAGUGGGAUUCUGCGGAUCCUACAUCUACCGCUUGCGGCAGCAAAAGAAGAAGCUCCUGAGGAGACAAGAGUCGCUUCAGCAAAUGCAAAAAAAGGCUUUGGACGAUGCUCGCAGUGAUGAACAGAAGGAAUACGACGCGUGGAUGGAGGCGUUGACGGACAAGGAAGGACGCUUCAUCACCGGCUACAAGGACAAUCUCCAACUGCCAGAUGGGUCGAUCUACAGCGGCGAGCUGUUUCAUGGUGAUCCUCAUGGCGUUGGGAAGAUGGUGUGGUCCGAUGGCAGGACCUAUCGUGGAAAAUGGCAAUUUGGCCAACCGCACGGCCAUGGAGUAAUGAGUUCAGUGGCUCCCAAAGAGCUGGAAUUUGACACCUGGAUCUACAGCGGUCAGUUCCACGAGGGGCUCAGGAAUGGAAAUGGCCGGUGCGAAUGGCCGGCGGUUGGAUCUUGGUAUGAGGGGGAUUGGCUCAUGGAUGGUGAGCAUGGCAUGGGUGAAUUGGGCGCUGGUGCAACUGAGAGUCAAGAUGGUGAUCCUGCUAUUUGGUGCAUGUACAAUGGAUACAAGCAGGAGAAUGUCGCUCAGAGCAGGGUGAGACCAGGACCAGAAGACCAGCUGAUGGUGGUCGUUCUGGAGGCCAACAGCAAGAAAGAGUCUGAGCUUGAUGAUGUCGAGCUCCGGUUGCUGAGGUAUGGCCUGUCCGUUGGCAAUCCACAUGUUUGGAUUCCACGACAUGAACAUGCCUUUCUGGUGACGUCCAUUGAAGAGGACGGUCCUUUGGAUAAAUGGAACAAGGCACAAAUUCGACAAGCUGGAGCAGGUGCAAGCAUCGUAUUACCAAACAGCACCAUUUGGGCUGUGAAUGGCGUACGUGGAAACAUCAGCCGCAUGACGGAACUGUUAGUGUCACCUCCAGAGUCCAGCUUGGAACUGGAGGUCUGGGGUCCGGCUCACCUGCGUUUGGAGUCGAUGCGAGAUGACUUGAGCAAGAGAAUCGGCUGGUUUAAAACACCUGGAAUGGAGACAGAGUAUACUGGGGUUCAGUAUCAGCCAAAGUCAAAGCAAGCACAGGAACAAGAGAGAUCGAGGCCAUGGUUAAAGCAAAAUGCGCUGGCUGUUGUGCGAGAUGAUCAAGCUGAGACACAAGGUUUCCUGCAAAGAGCUCCACGCAUGACCAACCAGCCUGGUCUUCCAGCACUACUUCGCAUGCCUGAGGUUCCAGCUCCACCUUCGCAUUUGGUUGCAAGUGUGACAGCACCAAAAACCAUGUCCAAGAUGGAGCAGCCUUCCAAAGUUCCUUCAAAGAACACGUCCAAAAACGUUCCUUCGAAGCGAGCUUCCGUCGCCAGCGUCGCUUCUCGUCGUGCUGAGCCACCUGCACCCUUGCGGUGGCCACAAGCGCCAGCGCCACCCACACCACCAGGGCAGCAGGAGACAGAGGGGAGUGCAGUGUUCAAGACCCACUAUGGGAUCGAUGGCCUCCGGACCAAUGUGGAGGAGCCGACAUCGUUCAUGUCAAUGAAAGCUGGGGCAGGCCUUGGGGCUGCAGCUGGAGGUCUCGGUGUCUUUAUGCUUUGCAAUGCGAAAUGCCCGGGUGGUAUCAAGGGCGCCGGCAUCCUAGGUGGGACUCUGAGCGCCCUGAAUCCACUGACGCUUCUUUCCAAGAAGGAUGAGAAGGAAGAAAAGGAUGCCUCAAAGGAUCCGGACCCAAAUAACAAAAUGUUCAAGCAAGUCAACUACAUAGAAAAGGAGAUUUGCAAUAUGAAUUGCAAGGUCGCUGCUUUGAUGGGCGCAGCAGCUGGCGCAGCGGCAGGUGGAAUGGCGGCCAAGGCACAGGGAGGUGGUUCUCCCAUGGGCGCGAUGGCUGGUCCCUUGGACGAAACCAAUGCGGUGCCAUUCUUCGUCUUGACGAAGCAGCUUGAAGACAUGCAGAGUCAAGUGGACAAUGCUGUUGACCGCGUACGUUCGUUGUCUCCACAGAGUCCAGUGGGCCAGGCGAGAGAAAGUGAGACACGUGAGACGCAGCAAGCGAUGCAAGCGACGCAAGCGACGCAAGCGUCAAGCGUUGAUUUCAUAUGA